AAGUCACAGUCAUGAAGCCUGUUUGGUUUUCAAUGAAAUUAAAUCAAAUUCAUGGGAUAAUAAUUAAUAUCUCCUGCUGGUUAUAAGCUACGUUACUUAAUGAAUUGCAGUUUGGUUAAAAGCCUUUCAAAGCACAUGGUUUUUAGUGGACCUGAGGUAAGAAAUAAUAAAUUGAUGAUGACAAGGCUACAGUUGUCACAGCCCAGUAGUGCCCCACUCACGCUCUGCAGGCCACGGGCUGGGCACUCUACAAUGCACUCAGGGUCGUUUGUUUUUUGUGUAGGAUUUUAAUCUGUGGCAUCAGAAUAAGUUGGUGGCAAUGCUACAACACAGAAUGACAAACACCUUAUCACAAUGACUUGCCCUCUUUAAGCUGUAAUGUGAAAUUCAGAAGUUUUCCUUUUCUGUCUUUUUGUAUUGGUCUUGUUUUCUCCCUUUUGAUUUGCUUUUCAUUGUCUUCCCUGUGUCUUCAUUCAGCCCUGUGAGAAGUAGAGCUAGUGAGUGUGAGGGAGUGUGUGCAAAAUGCGUAUUAUGAAGAAAUUUUGUGUGAAUUUCAUGAUUUUUGUACCAAAGGAAACCAACCUUUUAAUUCCACUUUUUGUAGCACCCUGGUACACCACAAAUGCAUCUGUUUGGUCCAUAAAUUUUGUAUUUCUCUAACACAGUGUCAUAAGGAUAACUUCUCCCUAGGCCCUCUGUCAGUUUUCUUAUGCCUACGAGUAGUUUUGAAGUACAUAUUCUUGCUGUUUCAGUUUCUGGAAGUGUGAAGGAGCUUAGCCACUCCUCUGCUGCCGAGAGCCCCGUGGUCAGUGAGACUAAGCGAAUGCAUGCCGCUGCCGCCACGUUCACCGACGGCGUCCCGAGGAUGCUCCGGUCUUUAACUGUCAGUCUGCAGCCUGCCAAUGAGACAGAAAGUUUCUCUGAAGACUCUAAAACUGCCACGAGUUCAACUUCACCUUCUGUGGAGGAGUCGAGAAGAAACAGCAGCCUAAGCAGGAGUCCGGGAGGCGGAGAAUUCACUGAGCCAUCAACAGAGGGUGAAUUUGGACACACGUCUUUAUACUGGCAGAGUGAUUCCCCGACAUUUGGAGGGCAGCGACCUGCCAGCAGCCCCGAGGUCACAAAUGGAAGCUCCACAUCUCAGACAGAGACUGUGUCUAGGUCAGUCCCCUCCAUCAGCGGUAGAGUCAGCACAGCGCACUGGUUCUUGACCAGCAGCAAGACAUCUGCAGAUGCGGCCGGAAGGUCGGCUUCCUAUCCUGAAAUCAGGAACGCUUCGGUUUUGACCCAGUUUUUGGACUCCACUGCACGGUCCGGAGGAAGUAGCACAGUACUGGGGGAAAAAAGAUUCUCAGAGUCUUUGUCUACAUCUUCCACAGAAAGCCUGGACUCCUCAGCAGCGCGUGGUGAACGCUCGAUCACUGGGUUGAGCUACAGUCAAGCAGGUGGCACAGAUAGUGAACAAAGGACUUCCAGUGACCACACCUACGUUUCCUCGACAUUCACCAAAGGAGAGCGGACAUUACUGUCCAUUACAGAUCAGGGUUCAUCCUCGGACGUCCAGGAAAGCUCGACCUCUUACACCAAGAUCUCCAACUCAUCACAUGUAGACUAUCCUUCCCCUUCUCAUGCUCAGACUGGAAGAAAUAUCAUCUCAUCCUAUCAUGGGGAGUACGCUCGGCAUUCCACUGAGUCCCUGGUUCUGCGUACAUCUGACCUUCCGUCUUACACAUCCACCUUGAAUGUGCCGAACACUUUGUUUUUUCUGGAUACCAAUGCUCAGUCUGUUAGUGAUUCCUCUUCUUCCUCUGCAGGGCUCCCUCUGUCUCCACCCUCGGUGUCACAGUCCCAUCAGAUGUUCUUACCAACUGUACCAUCAACAGGGGCCUCGGUGUACCCACUGAGGUCCACUUCGGAGGCAUCUGGCCCCCUCUCUCCUUCCCCAUCACCUUCGUCAGUAUCCCUCAUGGCAUCUAGCCUUGCCCCACUUUCUGUCUCACAAACAGCCUUACCAUAUUCACCUUCCACCCCAGUCCUUCCCAGGGUCAGGGAGACAUCUGUGGCCUCAGUUCAGACAUCCACAGGGACAUCAUCCAUGGCUGUGCUCUACAGUAGUCAAACAGCAGACCCUGGAAACCAGAGUAUCCCAUACCAAGAGCAUAUCAGCACACAACCAAAAUCACCAAGCCUUGUGCCUCUGCCCACCGAGCCCACCAAAACUGUGAAAAUAGGUUCUCCUUCAGGGUCCCCUUUGCCUACAGCCUUACCAGAGUCCCCCACCAAGCCAACCGUUCCAGCCACAAGCACAGUCAUGGCUCAGACAUCUCCAGAUUUGACAACUGCUGCUCUUGGGACCUCUCAUGCUCCCGCCUCCAGUAUGCUGCCUAGCACAGCAGUUCUGAUGACUGGCCCUGUGGCUGCACAGACAACAGCUGGAAAACAGCUCUCCCCAACCCAUCCUGAAAUGCUGGGGCCACGUAUUCCAACAGAAGGUGCCACCACCACGAAAAGAAACCAGGUGCAUGUCGAUGCUACCACCCAGUGGACCCCUCUGACCAGUGCACCUACAUCAUCAGCACAAGAGUUGACCACGAGCCUUGGUGUGAUGGAAGAGGAUAACACAGCAUCACAAUUCUUCAAAACAUCUACUCCCCAAACUACAGAUACCUCUACAGCUGAAACAUUGGCCCCUAAACCUUUCACCUCUGUUGUUGAGAGCAGCACUCAGUCACCACCGAUAGUAUCCUCUCCAGCCUCAGUCGACAGGUGCGCCCCAAACCCUUGUCUUCAUGGUGGCAAGUGCAUCAUGGAGUCCUCAAGCCGUGGCUAUCGAUGUGUGUGCUUGCCUUCCUGGCAAGGGAAUAACUGCAGUGUGGACGUGAAUGAAUGCCUCUUGAACCCCUGCCCACCCCUGGCCACGUGCAACAAUACUCAGGGAUCUUAUAUCUGCAAAUGCCCAGUUGGGUACCAGUUGGAAAAAGGAAUAUGUAACUUGGUUAGAACCUUCGUGACCGAGUUUAAAUUAAAGAAAAUUUUUCUCAAUACUACUGGGGAAAAGCAUCCAGACCUGCCUGAAGUUCAGAAUGAGAUCACCAAAACGUUAAAUAUGUGUUUUUCACCGUUACCUGGGUACAUACGAUCCACAGUUCACGCAUCUCGGGAAUCCAGUGUGGUGGCAGUCUCCUUGCAAACCACCUUUUCCUUGGCUUCCAACGUGACCCUGUUUGACCUUGCCGAUGGGAUACAGAGAUACGUCAACUCCUGCAGGUCCUCUGCUGAGAUCUGCCAGCUCCUGGGGUCUCAAAGGCGGAUCUUUAGAGCCGGCAGCUUGUGCAAGCGGAAGAGUCCAGAAUGUGACAAGGAGACUUCCAUCUGCACGGACCUGGACGGCGUUGCACUGUGCCAGUGCAAGUCAGGCUACUUCCAGUUCAACAAGAUGGAUCACUCCUGCCGAGCCUGUGAAGAUGGAUACAGGCUUGAAAAUGAAACCUGCAUGAGUUGCCCGUUCGGCCUCGGAGGUCUCAACUGUGGAAACCCCUAUCAGCUCAUCACCGUGGUCAUCGCAGCAGCAGGAGGAGGGUUGCUGCUUAUUCUGGGCAUUGCACUGAUCGUUACCUGUUGCAGAAAGAACAAAAAUGACAUCAGCAAGCUCAUCUUCAAGAGCGGGGAUUUCCAAAUGUCCCCGUAUGCCGAGUACCCCAAGAACCCUCGCUCACAAGAGUGGGGUCGAGAAGCUAUUGAAAUGCAUGAAAACGGAAGUACCAAAAACCUCCUGCAGAUGACGGAUGUAUACUACUCGCCCACAAGUGUAAGGAAUCCUGAACUUGAACGAAAUGGACUCUACCCUGCCUACACUGGAUUGCCCGGAUCACGGCAUUCGUGCAUAUUCCCUGGACAGUACAACCCAUCUUUCAUCAGCGAUGAGAGCAGAAGAAGAGACUACUUUUAAAUCCAAGAGAGAGGGGGGGACUCACUGCUCUGAGCCACCUGCCUGGGACCUCAAGGGGCUCAGGAGCAAGCGUCCCAUGUUGGCUGCUCCCAGGACUUACUGGGACCACCCAGGAGGGGCAAGCAGAGUGACAAGUGUGAGGGAUGUGAGCGCAGUAGGAGAAACUGCAGGCUGCUCAUCCGGCACCUGUGCUGUUACUGUGAACAUGGACGUGGGCCGGUGCCAGGAGAGUCUGAGGGACUGCGGCGGGGCACUGGUGCCAGAGGUGACCGUCGGCCAAGGCAGCCCAGUAGGUUUCAUUGUCAGGACCCAGGUUUUCGUUUAGUGUGCACUUUAGUAAACUGGGCAGGGAGGUUUCCUUUCCGUCAAGACUGUUUCGGAAAGAAGAACUUUGGCUUCCUUUCCUGAGGCUCCAUAGGUUGUGAUUUGGUGGUGAUUUGCAGCCGGACGCUGAGCUCUUGGUUGUUCCCUAGCCUGGUGCCCGUGUGCAGAACAACAGGUGCAGAUGGACACGCCACUGAGGGCUGACGUCACCGCGCUGGGCCAGAGUACUUCGGUGUCUCGCCACCAUCUUGAGCUGCAGCAUCUAAGCCAGCCCCCAGAUAAGGAAUUGAAAUCUGUGAGGCACAGCCCACAACUCCCACUUGGUUUUUCAGUUAAGGUGACACAUUUAUCUUGGAUGUGCGUUUUCUCCAACAGCCUUUACAGUUCCAUCUCGACCGUUUUCAAAUACGUGGAGCUCAUGGCAAAGCAGCAUUUGGUUUUAAGUUUGAGGCAUCUAGCUGUCCCAUGAUGAGCGUCAGCAGGCAGGGCAGGGGCUAGGGACUGGUCCUGCAGGCAUGGGGAGGAACCUUUUUGUUCCUGAGAGCGUGACCUGGGGGCCUAGGGCUCUGCCCACGCUGAAGCCAAUGGUUCUAUGAAUGUAAGAGAAAUGGGAAGGUGGAUGCAGGUGGUGUCCUCGCUGGUAUUUACCACUGGAGGGAAAGUAGCUGAAUGUGAUAGUCUUUGCAGCUGAGUGUGGUUAAAAGGGAUGGGCCGAGUUCAGUUUCCGGCGACUUUGGCUUCUACUUUGGGAAGUUGUGGAUUGCUGAGGCAGAAUAAGGAGCCAGAGUAGAGCCACAGGUAAGUGUGCAGACCUGUUAGUGUGAUGUCUUUGUGUUUUUAACCUCGUCCACAAACUCUGUGUGAGCUUUCAACCACUCGAGGCUAUUUAUUCAUUGAAAUAACUUACUUUCUCUCACCCAGCCAUUUUCUCACUAUAUGCCACUGUGUAGUACUGAGCAUUGGAGACCUAGAGACUUCUGGCCAGUGAGGGACAUGGGAGCUCGCCUUUGGCAAGGAAAGCCCACACAUCUCACUUAAUGCUUGUGUGGUGGGUCCUGCAAGGGAGGCCCGUCCUGUGGAGGUAUGUCCCUGUGCUUGCUGUUGUAACAUUGUGGUUGUGGAUAAAGUGACCUGAACACACAGGCCAAAGAGGCCCAUUUCUGAAAAUGGUGUAGCCACUGAAACAGUGCCUGGGUUGGGGAACCGGAGAAUGUUGGGGGGACUUCUUCACAACCUCCACAAUCCCCGUCCCAGUGGUUUUCAGCAUGAACUACUGUGUUCCCUGGCCU